UGACUUAAGAUGUACAUAGAGUUUGUGAAGUUAAGGUUUGAAGAGUUACAUGCUUGGCUCUACGUGAGAUCUGAUACAUUUUUGACAGUGCGAGCAUCAUGGUUUCGUCUUGGCAACAUUUUACAAGAAAAUGUUUUUGGUGGUAGUGUUUACUACACAUAUGUUAUAACGUCAUGUACUUAUGUUAAGUAGGUAUUUUGUUUUAUUUCAAAACUGCAUAAUUAGCAAAUCUAUGAACCUCUGACUUGAAGUUUCGAUAUUUCAUCUCUCCUUUCAAACUGUGAGAUAAUAUUUGGAAAUGUUAUUGGACAAACACUUCUUUACCGAGGAGUUAUUUUAAAGUGAACACAUAACUAACACUCGUAUAACUUCACGAGUGACAUGAUAAAAUUGAUGAGCUAUUUUGAACAGACUGCCGAUCCAGCUGCUGUUGCUUAACCUGAAGGUAGAUUAGCACGCAAUGGAGGAUACGGAAGAAUUAUACAUUUCUACACUUGAAGGGCAAUUCACCUCAUUCGCCAAGAUGCUCGACUGGUUCUGUCCUAGAGAUACCAUCACGCUGUCCUGCUCCGACUACUGGAUGCGUCAGAGCGAUAUUUUAGAUGAUAGACGUGUCACUAUGACUGACACGGGGAUCAUAUGGAAUAAAUUCAGUAAAGCUGAAUUAAAUUGGAACGAAUGGCAUGAAUAUCUGUCAGAAUUAUGCGUUGCUAAGGAGUUGAAUAAACUGGAAGUCGAGGUGGCGUUAACUAACUGUGGUCUGCCUGGAGCGACCCGCGUGUACGUGCCGCAGUACAGGGACUUUUUUGACACCUACAAGUCUAAAAAGGCACUUGUCAUAUGUGAAUCUCUUGAUUCUUGCGGAAAACCAAAAAAGAAAAAACCUGCUUAGCACAUAGUUGUUACGGGUGAUUUAUUUUUAGAUUCACAUUAUCGCUAUAUAUCAAGCUUAAAUAAAGAUCUUGCAACCCUA